AUGGCGGCGUUCGUGCUGGAGGCGUUUCCCGGGCGCACGCUGCACGUGCUGCUCUUCCGCGAUGUUGUCAACUCCGCGUACGUCCUCCCGCGCCUCCCCCUCGCUUCCCCCCGCGCCGUCCCCUCGCACCCUCCCGCGCAGUCCCCUCCCACUCUCCCGCUCUCGCGUCCCCCUCUCCCGCCGUUGCCCGCGACCCCGCGAGUGAGCACGCCCAUUCGUGGUUACCGCGGUCGCUGCUCCUGCGUCAGCUGCUGGACUGGGCACUGCAGUGGGAGGCGAGUGUUGACGCACGUACACCACCCCCACCCCAUCCCUGCGCUCGCUCCUUCCCUGCCGGCGCACCCUCCAUUGGCCUCCACCUCCCCUACCCCCGUCCCCUCCCCUACCCCCGUCCCCUCCACUACCCCCGUCCCCUCCCCUACCCCCGUCCCCUCCCCUACCCCCGUCCCCGUCCCCUACCCCCCCCCUCCCCUCCCCUACCCCCGUCCCCUCCCCUACCCCCGUCCCCUCCCCUACCCCCCGUCCCCUCCCCUACCCCCCGUCCCCUCCCCUACCCCGUCCCCUCCCCUACCCCCGUCCCCUCCCCUACCCCCGUCCCCUCCCCCUACCCCCGUCCCCUCCCCUAACCCCCGUCCCCUCCCCUACCCCCGUCCCCUCCCCUACCCCCGUCCCCUCCCCUACCCCCGUCCCCUCCCCUACCCCCGUCCCCUCCCCUACCCCCGUCCCCUCCCCUACCCCCGUCCCCUCCCCUACCCCCGUCCCCUCCCCUACCCCCGUCCCCUCCCCUACCCCCGUCCCCUCCCCUACCCCCGUCCCCUCCCCUACCCCCGUCCCCUCCCCUACCCCCGUCCCCUCCCCUCCCCUACCCCCGUCCCCUCCCCCUACCCCCGUCCCCUCCCCUACCCCCGUCCCCUCCCCUACCCCCGUCCCCUCCCCUACCCCCGUCCCCUCCCCUACCCCCGUCCCCUCCCCUACCCCCGUCCCCUCCCCUACCCCCGUCCCCUCCCCUACCCCCUCCCCUCCCCUACCCCCGUCCCCUCCCCUACCCCCGUCCCCUCCCCUACCCCCGUCCCCUCCCCUACCCCCGUCCCCUCCCCUACCCCCGUCACAGCUGGCAUCACAGCUGGCAUCACAGCUGGCAUCACAGCUGGCAUCACAGCUGGCAUCACAGCUGGCAUCACAGCUGGCAUCACAGCUGGCAUCACAGCUGGCAUCACAGCUGGCAUCACAGCUGGCAUCACAGCUGGCAUCACAGCUGGCAUCACAGCUGGCAUCACAGCUGGCAUCACAGCUGGCAUCACAGCUGGCAUCACAGCUGGCAUCACAGCUGGCAUCACAGCUGGCAUCACAGCUGGCAUCACAGCUGGCAUCACAGCUGGCAUCACAGCUGGCAUCACAGCUGGCAUCACAGCUGGCAUCAUACAAGUGCAUCUGUCUCUGCCCGCCCCCGUCUCCUCACUCCCCGCUCUUCGUUUUCAUCUCCCUCAUCCCUCCCCCUCCGUGCAGCUGGCGGCAGUGAGGGCGCUGGUGAAGGGCACAGAGGUGGACCUGGCACAGCUUUCCACGUCAGCCUCUCAGGCUGAUGUCAUCAAGCACUUCAAGAUGGCGGCGCCUGAGUUGGCAGUGUGGUCGCUGGAAGAUGCCAUUGCGGCCCGCAUUGCCGUGCGCGACAGCUGCUGA